AUGAGUUCAAUCACAACAGCAGGGUUCCAGACCUUACUGAGGACAGUCGGUGUCGAGCACUUAGUCGCUGUGGGUUCGAAGCUGGACGGUCUUUCGGAUCUUCUCGACGCCUACCGUUCGCAUCUUGUCGAUUUCAUCGUGCGAGAGACGAAGAUAUCCGUCGACUGGGCCCUGGGAUGGCUUCGGUGGCCAAGCGAGGUCGGUGAUCUCACGGUUGUGGUGUCCCGACCGCGGUUGCAGGAUCUUGAUCCCAUUGCGGGUGCAAUAGAGCUAGCCAAGACGCCAUUUCCUGACGGAAUCAAUUUGAGGUUCAUUCUCUCUGAGGCAGCCCUCUGGCGCCUUGUGAUUCCAUUCAUACUUGAUCGGGCACACGGAUAUGGAGUACCUGUGCAGGGUUCUGCGGAUUCGCAGACUGCAAACGUCAAGCGAAGAGUAUUGAUCGAGUUUUCCUCGCCGAACCUGGCGCGGGGAUUCGAUGGCAACCACCUCCGAAGCACUAUCGUGGGCAACUUCCUUGCUGCUUCGUACGCGACAACGGGAUGGGAUGAUGGUCGAGAUUUGGGUUGGCCGGAGAAGCUUGAGCGCAAACCGCUUGAAUACCUGCUUGAUUUGAGUACGAAAGUCGAGCUCUUGAGACACGACUCCGGGUCUGCCAUUCAUGGCAACGAUUCCAAUGAUGCCCUAGAUCGAAGGGCGAUGCUCGACACUGAGAAGGAUACCUUCUUCAAAGACCUUGAGGAUGGCAAUCUCAAUGCGCUGAAAUUGUGGAAGCGAUUCCACGAUGCUGGAAUUGCCGCUUACAAGCGCUUGUAUCGUCAUAUGAACGUGACCUUCGAUAUCUUCUCCGGAGAAUCGCAGGUCAGCGUCGACAGUAUCAGCGAGGUGGAGCAAUGUCUGACUGCUGCCGGAAAGUAUGAGCUGAGUGCAGGCGCUUGGGUCGUCGAUUUCAAGCAGCAUGGACAUGCGGGCCUUGGGAUCGGCAUCUUGCGAUACAAGAAUGGCACCACAAGCUAUCUGCUCCGGGACGUUGCCGCAGUCCUACAUCGUGCGAAAGCCUUCCUGUUCGACAAAAUGCUUUAUGUUGUCGCAGCGAAGCAGGACUCGCACUUCAGACAGGUCCUUGUCUGCUUGCAAAUGAUGGGCUUGGCCGAGUUGGCUCAGAAGAUCGAGCAUGUUAGAUUCAGUCCCAUCAAAGUCGCCUCGAAUGGCACUCAGUCAGCUGGCAACAUCGUCGCUGAUCUCUUAGAGGACGCCUGGCUGAGUGCAAAGCAUACAGAUGCAGACAGAGAAUGUCAACCCGGCAGGAGCAGUCCUGGUACGUCAACAGUCUCAGGCGACGACUGGCCGGAUAUUGCAAGCCUCGCGGUGCAGAUUCUGUCGAGCAAGCGCGCCAGCACAGUGUCACUGAACGCGGACAUGCCGACGGAUCGGAGUGCAUGCGAUAUGUUGUACGGCUGCCUCCAUCUGCUGACACAAGCGAUUGAACAGCACGCCUCCUGCACAGUCAGCUCGACCGGAUCGAACACCUCCAGCCCGCUGGAGGGAGGGGUAUCUUGA